AUGGCGUCCGACCCGGGUGGCGGCAGUGCGCACUGGCUGGCGCGCGCAAUGCAGGAGCUUGGCUAUCCCUGCACGGCGAGCGAAGCCGCGUUCAAGGGGCUGCUUAAGCAGUUUCCUGGGCGCAUCGACGAGGCCACUGUGGCCGAGGCGCUCGGCCUGAUGGCGCGCACCGUGCGCGGCCUUGAGCCCGAUGGCCUCGGCCUGUCAGCGACGCUCGCUGCAGUGCUGUCAGAUGGCCCGCCAGCGGCGCCCCUGGGCGAGGCCGGCAGUGCCACAUGGAAUGUGGCGGUGGUCGUGGAUGUCACCAAGGCGCGAUCUCCCGGCCUUGCGUGGCGGCGCGUCGCAGAGGGCCUGGACCACGAUGGCUUCUUAGUGCCCGAGCCUGCUGGGCUGGGCAUUCUCACCACAGCCUUCCGUCGCGCGACGGGCGAGAGCCUUCCCAUCUCAGCUCUCGUCGGGCGCCUGUGGUCAAACGCAGCUGGUCAGCUGUCACUUCUGGCGGCGGCCACAGUGGCGCCGCCAGAUGCCGUGCCGUGGGAUGCGAGCCCGCGGCGUGUCGCGCCUCUGGAGGGACUGGUCAGCGGCGCGUCGGCGGCGGGCACGGCCAACGGUUGCUGGCUGAGCGUGGACCUGCUGGCUGUGCUCUGUCAGCUGGCAGACGCGGGGCAGGCGGGCCCAGUCCGCAGCCUCCUCGAGGCUGGCCCAGGCAAGGCCUGCCGCGAGGUGUUGCUCUGCAGCCUGGGCGCGCUCCGGGCAGCGGGCGACACAGACUGGGGCGCGCUCGAGCGCUUGCUAUGGAGCAGCCUGCUUCCGCCGUUCCUCACAGGCCAUGCGAACAGCGGGCUUGUCCUUCGGCGGCUGUGGGACAGCAACCCGGCUGCGCUCCUCAAGGGCAUGGGCUUGUGGGCUGGUGGCGACAUCGGGCGCGUUGCGCGGCUGGUUGACCUGUUGGCGCAGCUGGGCGUUCUGCAUGCAGCGCUUGAGGUGGCUCCCCUCGAGCUGUCUCUCGAUUUGGCAGACGCUGCUGCGCGGCGUGAGCUGCUGGGGGCGACGCUGGACGGCUGGCUGGCGGAGCGGCUUGCGCGGCAGGGCGGAGGCUUGGUGCGGCCAGUUGCCCGCUACCUCGAGGCGCGCAUGGCCGCGGCUCCCACGCCGCCGCCGCAGCUGCCUCUCGACCAGGGUCGAGCCCCUCCGCCUCAACUGGCGUGUGAGACGGCGGCGUGCCUGCUGCGAGGCCUGCAUGCUCACGUCGCAUGCGGCGGUGGUGCAGAUCUUGCGUCAGAGGUGUCGCGUGCACAGGCUCAUGCAGUGGUGGCCUACCCUGGGGCUGAGGCGCUACUGGCCGCGGCUGCAGCGGUGCCAGCGGCUGGCAGCAGCGGCGGGCCGUUUUCUUCUGAUGUGGAAGAGGAGGCCAACAUGCACUUUCAUUCGAUCUACAGUGAGAAUCGUCCUGUGGAGGAGGUCGUGGAGCAGAUGCGGCGCUUCAAGGUCAGCGGCAACGCACGCCAGGUCGAGGUGUUCCGUUGCAUGGUCCACAACCUGCUGGACGAGUUCAGGUUCUUCCCCAACUACCCUGACAAGGAGCUCUCCGUCACAGCAGCCCUCUUUGGCCGCCUCGUUGCUGCCAACCUCUUCUCGGGCAUGGCGCUCGGCGUCGCGCUUCAGUGCCUGCUGACGGCGGUCAGCGAGCCCACCGACUCCAAGCUCUUCCGCUUUGGCCUUGGCGCGCUAGUGCAGUUCCGUGGCGACCUGACGCGGUGGCCCGCGUUCUGUGCGGGCGCAGCUCCCCACGCGGCGCGCAUCCGCUCCGUUGACUCGGCGGUGGCCGACGCCCUGGAGCGCGCGCUGCAGCAGCAGCGGGCAGCGGCAGCGGCGACUGGUGGUAGCGGCGGUAGUGGUGGGGAGGGUGACGGCAAGCAGCGGGGCGGCAGCGGCAUGGCUGACAUGAGCUCUGCCAACGGCGGCGCCGGCGGUGCAGGCGGAGGCGAUGGCGGCGUGGAGCAGCAGCAACAGCCGCAGCAGCAGCAGCAGCAGCAGCAGCAGCAGCAGCAGCAGCAGCAGCAGCAACAGCAACACCACCAGCAGCACCCGCUUCCACCGCCGCCGCAGCAGCAGCGGCAGGCGAGCAGCUCUGGCCCAGGCACGGGCCAGGGCAGCAGCGGAAACAAGGCGGCUGGUGGCAGGAAGGGCGGCGAUGGUGGCGACGGCGGCGGCGGCGGCGGCGGCCCGGGCACUAUGACCAUUACCGACUCUGUGGGCGGCAGCGGCACGGGGGAGGCGCUGAACAAACUUCUUCAGAGCAACGUAGCGCAGGCGGCGGCCCUGUCGACGCUGAAUGAGAAGCCGCCGGUGGUCAGCCUCAGCACGACCAUCAACAAUGAGACGCUGGAGAGCGCGGAGCGCAACCUGCGCGAUUUCAAGGCGCCCCCCGACACCGCGAUGGACAAGGUGUCUUUCAUCAUGAACAACCUCUCCAAGAACAACCUCGCCGCCAAGUCCAAGGACCUCGCCGCCCUCGUCAUCGUGCCUGGGUACGUCGAGUGGUUCGCCAACUACCUCACGGUCAAGCGCGCCGCUCAGGAGCCCAACCACCACCUGCUCUACAUGGAGCUGCUUGAGACCAUGGGCGACAAGGCGCUGGUCAAGUCCGUCCUGCGCACCACCUACUACUACGCCAGCGCGCUGCUUGAGAGCGACCGCGCCAUCACACAGACCAACGAGCGGACCCUGAUCAAGCAGCUGGGCACCUGGCUGGGCCUGCAGACGUUUGCGCGCAACAAGCCGGUGCUGGUGGUGGACAUGGACCUCAAGGCCAUGAUCCGCGACGCAUACCAGCGCGGCCGCAUGAUCGCCGUGCUGCCGUUUGUGCAGAAGGUGCUGGAGGGCUGCAAGGGCAGCAAGGUCUUCAAGGCCACCAACCCCAUGGUGCACGGCAUCCUGGCGCUGCUAGCCGAGGUUCACGGGAUGGAGCACCUUUGA